AUGUAUUGCGAAUUAGCAAAUAAGUUAGUGGUGGAGGCAAAGAGAACCGAACAGUUAAACAGUAGAAACAACGCAAGAACAACGUUACCUGUACACAACGAUGAAUUAGUAAGAGAUAUCUUAAAUGAGGUAACUCAACUGAAGAAGAAUUUGGAGUUUUUUAAGGAACAACAAGAUAUUAUGUCUAUGGACGGUGCAUCAGUAGAUAGCAACGUAAUGAAAUGUCAAUACUUUGUGAAUCUAUUGUGUUUAGAACGUAACAAAAGAUGUCUAUUGGGUUACCAGAAACUGAGAAGUGAUAUGUUGGACUCCAUGGCCUGGGAGAAUAACGGUAUGGAUGUUAUGGGGUCUGACUUAGGUGAAGAAAAUAGUAACCUUACACAUCAAGAGCAAGAAUAUUUGAAAAAGUACUCUGAACUAAUUACUGAUAUGAAGAGUGGUGAACUAACAGAUAUAGACCUUUCUGGAUCUUUGACACCUCCAAGAGAGAUUUUCAUAGAUGUGAGAGUGUUGAAGGACGCUGGUGAAAUUCAAACGGAAUAUGGUGUUUUCAAUCUAAUUAAAGAUUCUCAAUUCUUUGUAAGACAGUCCGACGUUGAGAGACUUAUUCAACAAGGUUUCCUUCAAAAGAUAUAG